AUGGCAAAUUUUAAGCAAUGGUUUCCCCAUACAACAACUCCAUUCAUUGCCAAUGCCCCAAUGUUUGGGUUUGCCGAUGCCAAUCUAGCCACUGCUGUCAGAAAGUCCGGAGGAUUCGGAUUUAUUGGCGGAGGCUUUGAUUUCCGAUCUGAAUCUACCCAGCUUCGAGGUCUUAAUACCCAGUUGGCGAAUGCUCGUUCUAUCCUUGGUUUGACCGAUGACCAACCAUUGCCACUCGGUGUCGGGUUCAUUACUUUCCAGCCUGACGGACUCAUUGAAAAUGCUAUUCUUGUGCUCCAAAAGCACCGAGUAGCGGCAGUCUGGCUGUCUUUUCCUCGGGCUGACACCGAUCAUCUUCCGAUCAUACAGGCCAUUCGGAAGGUCCAGGAAAGUUCUGACUGGGAUGUCAGGAUAUUUGUCCAGGUAGGAACUGUCAAGGCUGCAGAAGAAGCAGUUCGGCAGGGGGUAGAUGUUCUGGUGGUUCAAGGAAGCGAUGCGGGAGGACACCAGUGGGCCCAGGGUGCUAGUCUGAUAUCCCUCUUGCCUGAGGUGCGAGAUCUCCUAUCAAAGGCCCAGAAUACAACCACCGCUAUAUUGGCAGCUGGUGGCAUUGUGGAUGGGAGAGGCUGUGUUGCUGCUCUCGGCCUAGGUGCCGAUGGGAUUGUCAUGGGUACAAGGUUUGUUGCAACCUCGGAAUGUCCUGCGCCGUGUACAAUUAAACAGACCAUUGUAUCGAGAAGCGAUGGUGGGAUCUCAACCAUCAAGUCCAUUCAACAUGAUAUCUUCCAGUCAACUGAUCUCUUCCCGAGACAGUAUGAUGGCAGGGCUAUCAUCGGUGUUAGUUACGGGGAUUCGCAGGAGGGCGUCACUGAUGAGGAAAUCAUUCGACGAUACAAUGAGGCUAAAGAGGCUGGCGAACACCAACGGAGGACUGUAUGGGCGGGUGCGAGUAUUGGAAGUAUCAAUGCGGUAGUCUCUGUUGAGCAUGUCAUACGGUCUACCCAGCAGGAGGUGGACAUGAUAGUAGAGCGAUUGAAGGCUGGGAUUUAA